GAUUGGUUCUAUUUCGGCUUUGAUGCAAAUAGCAAUGUUCCUUACGAGGUUCUUUCAUUCUGGUUUGAGUUCGUCCAUCCGGCAUGGCCGAUAUUUACCAUCGCGGCAAUGGAGGGCUUUAACAUCGAGCAUCGACUGCGAGCCAUGUCGACAAAAACUCAAUUUUAUCGACGGACGUCGCUGUGAUCCUUGCACUGAAGAAGGUCCUGGAUCGAUCCUCGUUACAGACCCAUCUACGGGACUGGUGUUAUGUGAAGCAAAGGGUUCGGGAGACGAAGAAGUUCACAGAGCAGUGAUUUCUGCUAAAAAUGCAUUCAAGGGUUGGUCUUUGAUGUCUGGCAGCGAACGAGGGAGAGUUCUGCACAAUGCUUCACGUAUUGUUCGAAGUCGGAGAGAUGAAAUUGCAAAAAUGGAAGUCGCUGACAAUGGUAAGCCAUACCAUGAGGCAUUGUGGGAUGUGGAUAAUGUUGCUGAUGUACUUGAGUACUUUGGUGGUAUUGCACCAACAAUUGCUGGUGAGCAUUACCAGUUACCAGGAGGGAACUUUGUAUACACAAGACGAGAACCRCUGGGAGUUGUUGGAGGGAUUGGUGCAUGGAAUUACCCCAUACAGACUGCCUCAUGGAAGAUUGGUCCUGCAUUGGCAUGUGGCAACACAGUAGUAUACAAACCAUCACCGUUAACACCUAUAACAUCAGUCCUGUURGCAGAGAUUAUCACUGAAGCAGGAGCACCUCCAGGUGUCAUCAAUGUUGUCCAGGGAGAUGCAUACACUGGGAAGUUGCUAUGCACCAGCCCAGAUGUAGCAAAAGUUUCAUUUACUGGCUCAGUACCAACAGGACAAAAGAUAAUGCAAAUGGGAGCAGAAACAAUCAAACACAUUACAUUAGAGUUAGGUGGCAAGUCACCUUUGAUUGUAUUUGCAGACGCAGACAUGGAUAAUGCAGUCAGUGGGGCAAUGGUUGCCAAUUUCUUGAGUCAAGGACAGGUGUGUUCCAAUGGCACCCGUGUAUUUGUUGAAGAGUCCAUCAAGGACGAAUUUCUUCAUCGAGUUGUAGAAAGAACCAAAAAUAUUCGUGUUGGUAACCCAAUGGAUCCAAAGACACAAAUGGGUCCUAUGAUUUCUGGCAACCAUCUUAACAAAGUUUUGGACUAUGUAGAAAUAGGAAAAAAGGAAGGAGCGCAAGUGCUGUGUGGUGGAGAACCCGUCCACCCAGAGGAGGAUGAGUUUAAUGGAGGAUUCUAUAUGUCACCUUGUGUAAUGGCCGAGUGUUCAGAUGRUAUGAGAGUAGUAAAAGAGGAAAUCUUUGGUCCCGUCAUGACAGUACUUACAUUCAAAACUGAACAUGAAGUCAUUGAAAGAGCAAAUAAUACAACAUUUGGUCUUGCUGGAGGAGUGUUCACAAAGGAUUUACGCCGUGCUCAUUCCAUUACAUCGAACAUCCAAGCUGGUACUCUUUGGAUCAACUCUUUUAAUAUUACCCCUGUAGAAGUCCCGUUUGGGGGAUACAAAAUGUCUGGUUUUGGACGUGAAGGAGGGCUUGCUGUCGUUAACUAUUAUACACAACUGAAGACGGUCUUCGUUGAAAUGGGAAACGUUGAAGCUCCAUUCUAAAUCCUCCCUCCCCUUCACGCAUCUUUACUCCCCCGGUCUCGCCCCACGUUCGUCUGAGAACCUUUGCAAUCGUAUGUUUUCUUUUACAAAUGAUCUCUUCUGAUUGGUUCAAAGUCAAAGAUGGCCUUUUUUGUGAAUUAGAAGAUCACGCAAAGGUUUUCGGAAGAUCGUGCAAAAUGAUAGGCUUCCUGCAUGACUGUACAUUUGGCAAGGAUUUCAUCCCCAGGCARUUUUAUAUCUUGAGAACGUUAGAUUUUCGAAUGCCGAACCAAAAAAGGAACGAUCGCAAACCACCGACAUUUCACUUUUAUAAAAAGCACAAGGGUUUUGGGAUUUUCUCGAAAAACCGGGAGAUUUUCGUCGAUAUCUUGAGACCGGUAGGUACGGCUCGAAAUCUUGAGACUCAUAGUGAAGUAAUCGCGUGAUAGAGGAGAAGACUGACAAYACAAAGAAGAGGUCUAAGUCUGAAAUUAUGAUUACCGUAUUUACUCGAACAGACGCCUCCCCCGAAUAGACGCCGUCCUCAAAUAGACGCCGCCCUCAAAUAGACGCUGCACUUUAAAAAGCUCGAAAUAUUAAUAGACGCCGCCCCGAGUAGACACCGUAUCUGGUUGCGGUGUCAAUUUGAGGAAAUAAUGAUACCAGCAAUGGAAUUUAUUUUGUUUUAGAGCAUUUUUCAUUUCGAAGUGACUGUGCUUUUUACUCUCAGCAGCUGUUAGAUUCCGACCACYAGGAGGACAUUGAUGUURAAAUAGAAGUUKAAGGUGUUUCGAUCGUAAUAAAUAGCGUUKCGCGCGUAUUUUUAAACUCCAACUAUCGUCGCAAAUUUCGAUUCAGUUGCACUCAAACUUUCACAGGAGUCACAGCGAUUAUCGAU